CUGACUGUUACGUUAACAACCACAUUUUAUAUUUUUGUUUAUUUAAUUAGUUUAAACAAAUAUUCUUGCGGCAUGACAUAAACUGGGUGUCUAAACCAAAUUUCUAGGACAUGGCAGCGGAACUAGGUCUGGAUUCGGCCGCAGGGUCCUUGGAAAUCGGCAUGCAGGAGCCGGUCAACAAAUUGAAAUUUCUACAUGCCCUUGUUGCUGGAGGCGUGGCUGGCAUGGUGGUGGACAUUGCCCUCUUUCCCAUAGACACGGUCAAGACCCGCCUGCAGAGCGAGCUGGGCUUUUGGCGGGCAGGCGGUUUCAGGGGCAUCUACAAAGGACUGGCUCCAGCGGCUGCGGGAAGUGCGCCCACGGCGGCCCUGUUCUUCUGCACCUACGAGUGCGGGAAGCAGUUCCUCAGCUCCCUCACCCAAACCAAAGAUUCGCCCUAUGUUCACAUGGCAGCGGCUUCAGCAGCAGAAGUGCUGGCUUGCCUGAUCCGUGUUCCCGUGGAGAUUGCCAAACAGCGCUCCCAAACAUUGCUGGGCAACAAACAGUCUGGCCUGCAAAUCCUGCUAAGGGCCUAUCGCACCGAGGGAUUGCAACGCGGUCUCUAUCGGGGAUUUGGUUCCACCAUCAUGCGGGAGAUCCCCUUCAGUCUGAUCCAAUUUCCCCUUUGGGAGUACUUUAAGCUGCAAUGGACUCCCACGACCGGCUACGAAUCCACUCCCCUGUCGGUGGCUCUUUGUGGAGCCGUCGCUGGUGGCAUUUCUGCGGGCUUAACCACACCACUCGAUGUGGUCAAGACCCGAAUCAUGCUGGCCGAAAGGGAGAGUCUAAACCGACGUCGCAGUGCCCGGAGCAUUUUGCAUGGCAUUUAUCUAGAGAGAGGCUUUGGCGGUCUGUUUGCUGGCUUCGUGCCGCGGGUGAUGUGGAUCACACUGGGCGGUGCAUUCUUCUUUGGUUUCUACGACCUGACGACGCGAAUACUGGGGGCAACCAGUACGGAUCAUUAAAAUUAGGGCUAUUUUCGUUGUACUUGUAGUAGAGGCACGUAGUUUGCAGUAGUAACUCAGUCGAGGACAACCACCGUUUGGAUACAACGUGGACAAUAAAGUGUUUGGAAGUAA